UUCAUUUUAUUUUACAGGAGUGGCUAUCAAACUAUGUCAUCCUCACACAUUGAUGUGUGCUCCUUCUGGAAGCUCUUUGAAUAUUUCUUGUUUGGUCAGCAAUGACUCACUAAAUGGAACUAGAAUGUUCUACUGGUUUCGGAGUACUUGGAGGGAGCCUAAAAAGCUGGAAAAAGUUGCAUUCUGUAGACGAGGCAAUUCAUCUGAGAAGUUUAACUGUAAGCAAGGUGACACCGGCCCUGUUCUAGAAAUACACAAUAUAAGCAGUACGGACUCUGGAAAAUAUUACUGUUCCCUCAUUCAGAAAAAUAAUCUUAUGUUUGGCAAUGGAACAGCUCUUAUUACUGGAGAAAACCCCAGGAUCCAAAGCCCUGUGACACUGUUGGCUUCUUCACUGCCUCCUUCUGACAUCAUUCAGCUGGCUUGUGCAGUAAAUGUGAGUUGUAACAUCACUCAAUGGACCUGGAAUGUCUCCGGAGUAUGUCACAAAGGUAAAAUGAUCUGUAGGGAAGACCAUGAUGGAAAUUGGACUUGUGUAAACCUGCUCUCACUAUCAAAUCACUCAUGGACCUACAGAGAUCAUGUGAUCUGUGAAGUUUGGUGCAAUUCUUCUCCUAUCCAGGUCCAAUGGAGGUUUCCAAAAAAAGGUACAAGAGGAUAUGAAAUCUAUUUGAGAUUUGCCCUAACAGCAACCUUCAUGGUAUUGAGCAUCUGCUGUAUAUGUCUGACCCACAGGUGUAAAUAGAUGAUUUGCUCUUCCCCAUCAUCCUGAGGAAGCAGGCCAGGCUCUGCGAAACACGUUGAGGCACACAGGAUUCCUUUGAACAUUGAUAUGUUAAGCAAGCUGCUCAAAGUGGUUUCAAUUAUUUGAUAUAUGGUAUGUCCAGGUAUCCAUAAAGAGAAGGGAGCUUUAUAGCUUGAAUUGUUUUUUUUUUUUUUUUUUUUUAA